AUGGAAGUGAAGGAGGGGGAACCACCGCAGUCAUGGACCUACAGGGCAGUUUGCAUGACUCUCGAAAAGGAUGACGGUGUGCGACAAUCCGGUGCACCGCGUCCCAGGUUGAUGGUGCUCACCUCGGACAAGGGAUGGCCGUACUCGUGGAAGGAGGAUGGAUCCACUCGUGACUGCCAUGUGAACUGUGAGGUGGAGCGAGUGUGGCAGAUCGUCCUUGGCGAUCUCACCGAAUUGUUCAGCACUCGCGGUGGGACCGACUUUAAGCCCAAGAGGCGUGUGUUGAUUGGGACGCCCGGUAUCGGGAAGUCGAUGGCUGCCGGCUCGUACCUCCUCUAUCAGCUGCUGCACCACGAUGCGGAGCGACUCCCUGCGGUUGCGUGCUUUAUUUGUAAUUGA